GGAGAGGAGGAGAGACCAGCAGCACAAGGCAGCAGCACGUCUGUGCCUAGCUGUCGCCUCUCGGAUCUCCCCCUAGCACAGCUGUCUGGCUGCUGCUGCUGCUGCGAGUGGAUCCUCUCGCUCAGUGUGUGUGAGGGAGUGCCUGAGUGCGUAGCACAGCAGAGUUCCCCCACUGGCUACCUGUGUUCAGACUGCUCUGGUGAAGGUGUCGCCACACAUGGGUGAAGGUUUGACCAGUUUUGCUCUGGACUUGACUCAACACCCAUGAUCCCCAGCCAUCUCUGGCAUACCCUCUCAUUAAGAUGGGAAAUGCCUCCGAAACAUUUCUGCUCGUGUCCAGAAUAUCUAAAGACCAUGACUUUCUCAUGGGAACUGUCUACACCAUUUUUGGUGUGCUGUCGGUGUUGGGGAAUGGGAUCCUGCUGUUUGUGGCCUAUAGAAAGAAGUCCUCCCUGAAGCCAGCAGAGUUUUUUGUGGUCAACCUGGCCAUCAGUGACCUGGGCAUGACCGUAACUCUGUUCCCGCUGGCUAUCCCCUCAUCCUUCAUGCACAUGUGGCUAUUUAAUGAGACGACCUGUACAGUCUAUGCCUUCUGUGGCGUUUUGUUUGGCCUGUGCAGUCUGACCAACCUCACAGUGCUCUCCUCUGUCUGCUGGCUCAAGGUCUGCUGUCCAAACUAUGGUAACAAGUUCUCCUACUGCCACGCCUGCCUGCUGGUUGCUGGGGUGUGGUGCUACGCUGGAGUUUUUGCUGUAGGUCCUCUGUCGGGCUGGGGAGAGUACGGAGCCGAGCCCUACGGAACAGCGUGCUGCAUCAACUGGCAUGCACCCAGCCAAGACUUUGCGGCUAUGAGCUACAUCGUCUGCCUCUUCUUCUUCUGCUACAUUGUGCCAUGCACUGUCAUCUUCCUGUCCUACACAUUCAUCCUCCUGACCGUCCGGGGCUCCCGCCAAGCUGUGCAGCAGCACAUGUCCCCGCAGAACAAGAUCACCAACGCACAUGCACUUAUCAUUAAGCUUUCCGUGGCAGUUUGCAUCGGUUUCCUGACGGCAUGGAGUCCAUACGCCAUUGUCUCCAUGUGGGCAGCAUUUGGUAACCCAACAACUGUACCACCCAUGGCUUUUGCUCUGGCAGCUAUUUUUGCCAAGUCCUCCACCCUUUACAACCCCAUUGUCUAUCUGGUGUUCAAGCCCAACUUCCGCAAGUCCCUGUGUCGGGAUGUGGCCCAGUGCAGACGGACACUCUGUGGGUGUCUGUGUCCGCACAGCUCUGCACAGAAGGGAACUUGCAGGCAACCCCAUCACAAAGAAGAGUGCAACUCCACAAGGUUGUCAAAUGGGCUACCGGAGAACCACGGGACCUGCAGACACUGUCCUUGCCCUGAAACAGUCGCUGGCAACAGAGACAACCUAACAGAAUACAGCCCCCAGCAGACUGCCAGGAUACUUAAAGGAUCAACAAAUAGCGAGGUGGCUGUCAGUCAGCUCUCCAAUGAGCUGCAGAGCGACUUCCUUUAGAGAAACAAACACGGCCAGACAGUGAGAAGGUUGAGAAAAGAUGGCAAGAAUGAAGGAUGAAAGACACUAACUGUAAAUCAAGGCAAAGGGUAAAUGCAAUGAAACACAAAAAGAUAAAGAUUAAUCAAAGGAAAAAAAAAUGUUAUAACUUUAAAGUUCAAAAUUUAAGAACUUUUCUCAAGCCUCAAAUAUGUGAUACUGCCAAAAAAAAGGACUGCGAAGGUAGAAGCCAGGACGAUAAGCAAGCCGAACAGCCAACAUGCAACCACAGAUGUGAACAUUAAUAUUUCAUCAGGUCAAAUUAACGCACAUCAGUAGCUGUCUGUCACUUUGACUGAUCAACAUUAAGCAAACCAGACUGAGAAUCCAUGGACUCACGAUGCAAAUCAGUCCAAGCUGGAAACUUUCUACUCCCUAAAUUACCUUUUAUGUAUUUAUUACGAGUACUGUGAUUGAUAGGUAUUUAUCAAUGCAUGCCUCAAACUGAAGGACCACAGGGUUGCUGGUGUUAUCUACUGGGAUUAUAGUUCUCUCUCCUCACUGCACUCCUCAGACAUUGACGUCUCAAAGGUGUGAAAAUGAACAUCCUCUUAUUUCCCCAGAGUGUUGUAUUGAUUCCUGUUGCCAGUGUCAUUUUUUCCUAAUCAGCUGUGAUCAGGAUAGUACACUGAAUUAGAGAAGCAGCAGGGUUGGGACAGGGCUUAGGAUAACCAAAACUACAACACUCCGUAAGCUCUACUCUCUCAAUACACUCAAUGUAGAGACCGAUAGAUCAAAGCCUGUUUGAGGAGUGGUCCACAGUGUACAGCUUCUAAAGACCAUCAUCUGAAAAAGCUCACGUUGUUGUAUUGGACAAUAUGCUGGACAGUAUUUAAACAAUAGCAUUUUUGUACGAAUGAUGUAUAUAAAACUCUAGGCAAAAUUACACAAUCAAUACACUGAUCAAGGUAAAUAUCGGAUGUCAGUGAAAGGUCCUGUUCAUUUUUGUGUAACGGAGAUAUGAUAGUUAUUUAAAACAACAAGGUCAUAGUUAUGUGGCUGCUUUAAAAGUGUUCAUAAAAAAGAGCUGGCUCAUAUAGACCUGAUGGAGGAGGGUGAUAAGAAGAGGAGCGAGUUAUGCUCAUACAUUGGCAUCUUUUAUUUCCAGGAGGCUGAUCUGGUGCAGUCAGGUCGCAAUCUCAUCUUAAAAACGAGCCCCGGAGCAGUGCAAAGUUAAAGAGGAAUUCAGUUUAUUUACACUUUGGGACUUAUUUUCAUAGUUUAGGUUAUAGACUAUAUUGGUUAUGAUAACAAUGUGCUCACCAAAGUAAUUUCUGAGAUCUGGAAACACUGACUGUGCUUACAUAGUUAUGUUUUUUGCCCUUACUCUGAACAAGACAAUAUUCCUACUAAGCUAUAUACAUUGCCAAUGAAAAUGAACAUUCGACUAAUAUUCCCAUUUACAAGCAGCUGUGCAUACUGCGAUUAACGUGCACUGACGUGAAACAGCUGGAGCUGCUCGUGACAUUUUGCGUCUUUGCAUCAAAGCAGAAGUUUUCCACAGGUGGCAGACUUGUUUGACCAUGUGAACAGUCUCCCUCUUUCGUUCCUUCAGCUACCCUCUUUUAAAAGGUCAUGGUGUAUCCAAACACUAGUUGAUAUCCAAGUCUUUCAUAAUGUUUUAAAGUAGGUGUGUUUCUCCUUCCAUCCAGAAACGUGGGCUUUUGUUUUGGGCAUGUACCUCUAUACCAGCCUCGUAAAAUGAGGGUCAGUUGGUUUGGAUACAACACAUCCUUGACAACGUACAGAGCUGACCGCAAACAUGAUAGAGGUCGUGCAUCACAAACUGUGGGAUAAACCCCAAUUGAGACACAUAUUGAAAUGUGUUGUACGCAUGUUCAAAGACUGCUCCCAAAACCCAAAUAAUAUCGGCAUAUCCCACAUCUUAAUCAGAAAAUACUAUGCUGGAAAAAGGCCUAAUUUGGAAUAUUCACACGGUUCUGUUUGCAUGACCCGUAUCAAAUUCAUAAAAUGUCAUAUUGGGAAUAACACUGGAAAGUCACUGCGACAGAUUCACAACAAAGUCAGACAGGGCAAGCAACAAGAUCAGAUGAUCACACAGGCUGUGAACAAGCCAGGAUUUAGCCAGAUUCAUUAAAACAUUUAUUGUUAAACUGAAAGUGAUGCUAGUAAUAAUCCGUAAUUGCAGAGGAAAAUGUUGUGUGCACAAUCACGGCAAAUACAGUGGGUCAAAGUUGCCAGGAAGUCUGGAUGGAUGUUUACUAGGGGUGUAACAAUCCAUCAAUCUGGAGCGACAUAACAAAUCAAAGAUCAAACAUCCGGUAUCAUCGAUGCAAAGUGAAAACAUAGAUCCAUUCAAUCAUCUUACA